AUGAAGAUUAUAAUUAUCGGUGCUGGCAUCGCUGGAUGCACAGCAUACCUUGAACUGCAAAAGCACCUUCCGAAAUAUUCUAGUUCGGAGGCAAAUUAUGAAAUCAUCAUUUACGAAGCAUACAGCACAAACAUAAAUGUGACACCAGAACUGAGACAGCAAGACCAUGAAAGAAAUACCCAUUCGUCAACACUUCUGGUGGGUGGUGGCCUUGGUAUUGCUCCGAACGGCCUCAAUGUCCUGCGACGCUUAGAUGAUGAUCUACUCAGAGAGGUGACAAAGAACGGGUAUGUUGCAUCUAAAUUUAAUAUGAAGAGCAAAAAUGGUUGGUCUCUGUUAUCCAUGAGUGCUUCGGCUUCUGUCGAUUCCACUCGCCAUUUACAUACGGUUGCAUCUAGCCGCCAUACAUUCUGGCAGGCUUUACGCUCGCGAAUCCCAGAGGAGAAGAUCAUCAACAAGCGAAUCUCAGAUGUCAUUGCUCGCCCUGAUGGGACAAAUUUGGUCCAUUUUGUAGAUGGCAGUCCUUCGGUGGAAGCGGACUUGGUCAUCGGAGCAGAUGGAGUCCGAAGCACGGCCAAACGGGCAAUUUUCCCUGGCGACGAAGACACGUACCCCCCUCAUUAUGAAGGCCUUGUUGGUGUGGGUGGUUUCAUACCCUCCGCAGAGGUUAAAGGCCUUGUCGAGAAAGGGUCGAUGAACUUUAUCUUUGGUGGAAAUGGCUUCUUCGGAUAUUUUUUCUCUGAUAGCGCCUCCUCUGCCACUAAUCGUGACUCGCCCUAUCAUAUAUCUGAGCCUGGUGAAUCGCUCGCAUGGUGGUCAACAUACGAAAUUGAAGAAUGCCCUGACUACAAAAACUUCGAUAUGGCCGACGUCACUCGCCAACUGCGCGAAAGACAUGCGUAUUGGAAAGACCCGGUUAUUCAAAAGAUUCUCCAGUCCUUGAAUGUGGAGAACAUGUAUCCCACAUGGACAAUGCCUCCACUUCCGACCUGGGAGCGCGAUGGCGUAGUUCUUGUGGGCGACGCAGCACACGCGCUCCCCCCAAGCUCAGGUCAGGGCUCAUCGCAAGCGCUUGAGGAUGUAGAAGCAUUUACGCUUCUUUUAUCCCAUCACCUACAAAGAGAAGACUUCAUCCAAGGGGCUAUGACAACAAAAGUGUUGAAGGGGUGUAUAAAAGAGGCAGCAAGACAGUAUAUGGCUCUGCGUCAACCCCGUGUCAAUGAAAUUUUGAAGCACGCUCAACAUUCCCAAAGCAACAAGAAGGAUAUGGGAUUAAUCCAAGAGUACAGUAUGUAUACUUUUCUGAAGAUAAUGGGCUUUUUCCCAAGCCUGAUGGCCGGCAAACUCCAGAAGCUUAUCGAGUAUGAUAUUUCUGAUGAAGUUUUGAAAGUUAUUGCUGCAGAAAAUUGA